AUUACGUCAGUCAACCGCCGUGAAGAUUCUAGUUAGUUUAGCCAACUCAACACUUACCACCCGGCGACUCCCGGACCCAAACCCGGAUAAGAAGUGUGCCAACAAGCACUCGGUCAAGCAAAAUCAAGAGGAGCUUGUCAAGUUCAGAAUCAGCAGAUGCCUUGGAGCAGAAUGUUGCUGGGAUCACUGCUUGUCUUCAGUUUUCUGGUAGCUUCUGUGUCCUCUAAUGAGGAUUACUAUAAGUUACUGAAGGUGUCCAGAGAAGCCACAACCAGAGAGAUACGACAAGCCUUCAAAAGGCUGGCUCUGAUCAUGCACCCGGAUAAAAACCCACAUGAUGAAACUGCCCACGACAAGUUCCUGAAGGUAACCCGAGCAUAUGAAGUUUUGAAGGAUGACGAUCUGAGGAAGAAGUAUGACAAGUAUGGAGAGAAGGGUCUGCAGGACGAGCAGCAGGGAGGAGGACGAUAUGAGAGCUGGAACUACUAUAGAAAUGAAUUUGGUAUCUAUGAUGAUGACCUAGAGAUUGUCACUUUAGAUAGGGGAGACUUCGAUGCAGCAGUGAACUCUGGAGAACUCUGGUUUGUCAACUUCUACUUCCCUCGUUGUCAUCACUGUCACGAGCUGGCUCCCACGUGGAGGGAGUUUGCUAAGGAGAUGGAUGGAGUGAUCAGGAUAGGAGCCGUGAACUGCGGAGACAACAACAGACUGUGUCGAAGCAAAGGCAUCAACAGCUACCCAAGCCUCUACAUUUACAAAGCUGGAAUGAAUCCAGAGAAAUAUUUUGGAGAUAGGGCCAAGGAGAGUUUAACUAAGUUCGGCAUGCAGUUUGUGAAGAGCAGAGUUACAGAGCUGUGGCAAGGCAAUGUCUUCACUGAGAUUGAGGCAGCGUUUUCAUCUGGAGUUGGAUGGCUGAUCACCUUCUGUGCUGACUCUGGAGACUGUCUAGAGUCAAAGACGAGGCAAAAAUUAGCUGGAAUGUUGGAAGGUCUAGUGAAUGUGGGCUGGAUGGACUGCUCUACACAGGCUGAGUUGUGUGACAGCUUUGAGGUGACCACCAGCACCACAGCCUUCUUUCCCCCCGGCAGUUCACUGAAGAACAAGGGCAGCGUGCUGUUCCUGCAGAGUUUGGACACCAGAGAGAUCUAUGGAGAGGUGAUGCAGCAUCUGCCUGACCUGGAGGCUCUUACUAAGGAAACCUUCCAGAGUAAACUGGCCCAUCAUCGGUGGCUGGUCAGUUUUUCUUUCGGACAGAAGACCAUUGCGUCUCAUGAGUAUAAGAAGCUCAAGGCUCUUCUGAAGGCGGCCCACAUACAGGUGGGAAAGGUGGACUGCCUUACUGACUCAGAACUGUGCGUCUCCUUCUACAUUCAAAAGCCCUGCAUCGCUGUCUUCAAAGGCCUUGGGAUUCAUGACUUCGAGAUACACCAUGGGAAGGAUGUGCUGUAUAACAUCAUAGCGUUUGCUAAGGAGAGUGUCAGCGCCCAUGUCACCACUCUGAGACCAGAGAACUUCCCCAGUGAUGGAAAGGAGCCCUGGCUAGUUGACUUCUUUGCUCCUUGGUGUCCACCCUGUCGUGCUCUCCUCCCUGAGCUGAGGAAAGCCUCGAUCCAGCUGUUUGGUCAGAUGAAGUUUGGAACGCUGGACUGCACCGUGCAUGAGAGACUCUGCAGCAUGUAUAAUAUCCAUGCAUACCCGACCACGGUAAUCUUUAACAAGUCCUCCAUCCAUGAGUACGAGGGACAUCACUCUGCUGACGGAAUCCUGGAGUUCAUACAGGACUUGGUCAACCCCACGGUGGUGACCAUGGACCCAGAUAGCUUUGCAGAGCUGGUGAAGAGGAGGAAACACAGCGAGACCUGGAUGGUGGACUUCUAUGCCCCGUGGUGUGGGCCCUGUCAGGCCCUGCUGCCCGAGUGGAGGAGGAUGGCACGGGCGGUGAAUGGUAUGAUAAAGGUGGGGACGGUGGACUGUCAGAAACACCACUCCUUCUGCCAAGGAGAGAGUGUCAGAGCCUACCCUGAAAUACGCCUCUACCCUCAGAAUGCCAACCGACGAGACAUAUACCAGAGUUACAACGGCUGGCACCGAGACGCUCACUCUCUCAAAGUCUGGGCUAUGGGUACUCUCCCAAGAGCGUCAGUGGAUCUGACUCCGGAUGACUUCAGGAACAAGGUAAUAGGAGGGAAGGAUCACUGGGUGGUGGACUUCUAUGCUCCGUGGUGUGGACCAUGCCAGCACUUUGCUCCAGAGUUCGAGGUCCUCGCUGGGAUGGUGAAAGGGAGCGUGAGGGCAGGGAAAGUAGACUGUCAGGCCCACUACCAGACCUGUCAGUCAGCCGGCAUCACAGCCUAUCCCAGCGUUCGAUUCUACCCACACCUGGGCACCAAGAAGCGCGACCAGGGAGGGGAGCACGUCAACAGCCGGGAUGCUAAUAUCAUCGCAGGCAUCCUCCGCCAGAGGCUCCAGCAGCUAUCUCCAUGGUUACAGGGAAAGGCGGACAACUUCAAGGAUGAAUUAUGAGUUCAAGGGGGUCGAUUCCACUGAGAUGCUUUUCCUUAUUGAAAAUGGAAACGUAAAGGACGGUCAAAUGCACACACUUAACAAAGACUCUGAGAAGAGAUUUGUUUCUGCAAGGAGGAUUACUGCCAAGGAAAGAAGAUGUUAUCGAAAGGUUACCCCAGUACUGUCGGACUGUCAAAACAAACAAAAACGUUUCUCUAAACUGAGUCAACGAUAAGGAAAGACUCUGAAUCGCUGUCGUAGGUUUUACUAGUUAUAUAGGGGGAGUGUGUCCAUAUGGUAGGUGUUGACCUGCCUGAUAUCUGAAUGUACUGUCUGAUGUAGGUUGGGGACAAUAUAUUUUAUGCUUAUAUUUGUGAUGAUACAAAAUGGCAGUUUAUCAGUUUAUAAGGGGACUGCCAAUGUGAAUGCCUCGUGUUGAUUCAACUUGAACCAUUUGAGUGUAGCGAACAGUGUUUUAUUCAUUCCGUGAAGUGACCACUGACUGUGUUGGUUGUAUUAUUAUGAUGAUACCAAUAUAUUUGUUUGUCUGCUGAUAGUAGCCUAAGGGUUCAGUAUGCGACCUCUGCAUACAGUAAAACACACACACACAAACAAGCACAGUUUAGAAAAGGAAUCCUGUACACUGAAAACAAUUAACAGAACGUAUGUUGCCAAUUCACUCCACAUCAUUCAUUAAUAUGUUACUGUUUGCCAUCACUGAAAUGUGAAUGGAAAUUGUUUGAUUAGUUGUGGGAUGAUGCAGUCUUGCAAACGUUUACUGUCAUACCAGUAAUGUGGGAAAGCUAGCAUGGUUUUAUAUAUAUAAUGUCUUUGUAAUCUGGUAUUUUCAACUCAAAAUACAAUACUAUCCUUG